AUGAUGACCUCUCUUUUUCCGUCAGUAUUUUAUGUGCACAAACGAAAUUGAUUCGCGGCCCAUGUUCCCGGUCACAAUACAACUCCGUGUGGGAUGAGCGUCCUAAGGCUUGCUCUUAAGAACUAACCAGACAAUAGUUUUGUUAUCGUGCUCAUUCGGGCAUUCACCAUUGGAAGCCGACCCCGCGACCUGCCAAGGAUGAACAUUUCAAUAGCGAUGAAUGGACGAGGAAAAUAAUCUAUAUAUAUACAAAUGUACUGUUGUAUAUGUUAGUAAGGUAGUAACAUGCAGAAACUCGAAUGUGCGCAUGCAGUGGGCGAGUGUUUCGAUUCAUCGCAGGUCUGAAGGGUGUAAAGGUCUGGUGUCGGAUUAAUCAGUAUCUCGCCUUUCAGAUUCUCAUUUAUGUGUCACCACAGAGGAAACGUUAAGAUUAUCUAGUAAAUAUUAUUUUAGAAUUAUUCGGCAUGGCAAGCAGGUUUAACCGUGUUUUCGUCUCUCUUACGUCAGUGAUGGCAGUUUUGUUGUUGGUGUCGAUCGUGAUUCGGAAUAUGGACGGCAGGAUGCUCCCUGGAAGAGGAGCUAUUUUUCCAACUCCAGUUAUCCGCUCCCGCGUGGAUAUGAAGAACAGUAAAAACAUCCGAACUCUCAGUGACACAUCAACAGGCCCUCCAGAUGCUGCAGAAGGCAGAAGAGGUUCAAACGGUAACCAAACUACGCGGCUGCCAUCGGAAAUCGAUGACCAAGAAACUUCCAGGGAAUCGAAGAAACAACACAGAAUAGUCAUCAUUGGCUCCGGACCUACCGCUCUGGGUGCUGCUAAAAGACUCCACGAUUUCGGGCAAGGGAUCAACAACAGCGUGAUCACUAUACUGGAAGAGCUAGGCAAACUAGGAGGCCGAGCCUCGUCUGUUAGGGAUGAUAAAGGCUUUCUCUGGGACGAUGGAUUUCAUGUCGUCUUCUCCCAUUAUACCUACUUCGAUCGAGUUCUGAACAUGGCAGUACCCGAGUGGAACUACCGGCGCAGGUCGUCAUUUGCCUUCAUGAAAGGAUCAGAUGACGAGAGGAGAUUCAUUCCUUAUCCAGUUCAGAACAAUAUCCACGUCAUGGAUAAAAUUGAUCAGCAAAAAAGCCUGCAAGGAUUAGAAGAGAUUGCCAAAAAUCCCAUCACCAGUAAACCCAACAAUUUUGACGAGUGGCUGCUGCAGAAAUUCGGAGUGGGUCUUGCUGACGUCUAUAUGAGGAAAUACAACCCGAAAAUGUGGACGGUCGACCCCAAGAAAAUGAACUCGGCCUGGGUUGGCGAGAAGGUUGCCGUACCAAACAUUGAAGAGAUCAAGACCAAGAUUAAAGAGGUAGAUAUAAACGGGACAAACACCAAGGAUUCCGAAUGGGAACCGAACCGUUUCUUCCGUUUCCCCAAAUAUAAUGGAACUGGUGGAAUUUUGCAGUCAGUUGCAAAACAGCUUCCAAGCCACUGGUUCAAAUUUCACGAAAAGGUAACCGGUAUUGAUAUUGACCAAAAAAUAAUAUCCAUUGAAAGAGGAGAUGCAACGGAAUCUAAAUACACAUUGGAAUACGAUACUCUGAUAUCAACGAUUCCCCUGGACAUUUUGACUGGGUUUUUGAAGAGUCGUGAUCAGUCUUUGGAGCAGAUGCUGGAGCUAGCAUCCCAGCUGGUGUACACACACACUCACGUCGUAGGCGUCGGCCUCACCGGUCAACUACCCAAGACCCUCGCUGAUAAAUCUUGGUUGUACUUCCCGGAUUCUGAUUCUCCGUUCUACCGCGUGGCAAUGUUCUCCAAUUACUCGGAUGACCAUGUACCCAAAGCGGGAGCGUACUGGUCUCUCAUGUGCGAAAUAGCCGAACCGCAGACAAGUUCUAAUCCAGCGUAUUGGAGUAGGGAAAACUUGAUUAAAGAAUCCAUUCAAUCUUUAGUCAUGUACGGGUUUAUCACAGCUGAUAUGGUAGUCUCCAAGCACUACCGUCGCCUGGAGCAUGGGUAUCCCGUCCCUUCACUUAAAAGGGAUAUGAUCCUUGACACGGUACAACCUUGGCUGAAAAACAAAGACAUCUACUCCCGUGGACUUUUCGGAGGUUGGAAAUAUGAGGUUGGAAAGCAAGAUCAUUCCUUCAUGCAAGGAGUCGAGGCUGUAGACAACUUCCUACAUGGCAUUCCGGAGUUAACUUAUACGGACCCGAAUCUCGCCAAUUCCAAGAAAAACACGGGUCGCAAAAUUCCGUUGGAUUAUGAAAUCGUCGUUGCCCAGUACCAGGAGGACCUGGAUUGGGUUAAGCCGUUCGCGAAUCGGACAUUCGUCUACCACAAAGGGGGCGACGCAUGGCCGACUUCCCAGUGGUACUCGUGGGAGAGGCUCCCUAACAUUGGUCGAGAGAGCCACUCCUAUCUGCAUCAUAUCAUCACCAACUACGACCAUCUUCCAGAUGUGACCGUAUUUUACCCCGGAGAGAUUGCCGAUCACAAACGACACUGCAGGCGAAAUCCCCUGGAUGCGGUCUCCAAGGCAAAGCGAGGCAUCCCAUGUAGCAAAGGAGGCGGCUACAGUGUACACAAGAAACACGUCAUAAGUGCCGGUGAUAAGUAUUUACUGAAGCCCAAGAAUAAGUAUUUCAGACCAUCAGAUUUUACGUUCAUGGAAUUUUAUGAAUACAUCUACGGUCACAAGCCGCGUGGAGGAUCAAUACCACACUGCUGGAAGGCCUGUUUUGCCGCCACGCGAGAGAUGAUCAGAAAACACCCUUUGGAGUUUUACCAGAGAGCGAUUUCGGCUCACGGUAAUUCCUCAAACGCAGAGGAGUCCCACUACUUCGAGCGAUUGUGGUUUCACAUGUUCCACGAUGAACCCUGAUGAUUGUCACUUGUAGCGUUUGUUGAUAAUUUUGUAUUUUCAGCAAUCAAAUACUAUUUUGGUUAUCAUUAAUGUUUAUUCUCCAUUUUUGCAGUGUUGGACCUUCCAUAAUUUGGCAACCCGUGGUUGGCAAAUUUGCCAACCACGCGUCGGCGAUAGAAAGGUCUACAUAACGCGUAGAACAUUCACAUAUCGGAAGCCAUUUUUGCAAGACCGGGCCGAACUGGUCAAAAUGCAAAUUCAACUAUGUGGCUGGUGUAUGGGCAUCCGCUAUAUCCAGUCUUUAUAUAGAGAUCAGUGGUAUAUGCAACAGUCCUAGUGCUUUUAACAUAUUAUUUGCGAUAUUGGCUGUGUCUAGUUUGACUGGCCUACUUCUCUUGUACACUCGCGCUUCACGCUAAACGCAGCACCCUAUUGGUACGCGCGUAGAUAUUUAAAUUGACCCUCAUGUCAUAAGUCAUUCUGAGAAUCCACGCGCUGGCUAGUAUCAGACUUUAAAUGACCUGCCAUUUUGAGUCUGUGUUCAGACUUAAUAGGUAGGUGCGAAAAUGAUACGACCAGAACGGAAAAAAGCGACAUUUUCAUCGCUAUUUUCGAUUGACACUCGGGUAUGUUUAGGUGUUAAAUAGUUAUGUUCACCAACAUAAUGCCUAUCAUGCAUGUUAUUGUUGCUCCUAUUUUUUUGAUUUUCACAUUGGCGUAAUGCUCAGUACAUUUAUCAUCUAGGCGAUGUGCCUCAAGUACAUGUAUGUGCAAAUGUACUAGCCGAUCACAAGGAUAGGGCUUUGCUGGGUCAAGUUGUGCGUUUUGAAUGGGUGCAUACCUAUGUUCCCUUUAUACCUAUGUUCCCCAAUACCGAUGUUCCCCGAGAUCCUUACCAUAACCAUAGCCCUAACCCUUACCCUAAUCCCAAGGAUUUCGGGAAACAUUGGUAUUGGGGAACAUAGGUAUUAGAGAACAUCGGGUAGAUCCCAUUUUGAUUGUAACGGCUACCCGACCUACCAUGUAUUGGGAGACGUCAGGGAUCAUCGUGUAUAGGGAAUCAGAGUAUCAUUUGGAUUAAGACUAAGUGAUAGAAAACGCACUAAUCACUCACUUUAUCAUGGGUGAUUUCAGUCCCUUUAUAAAUAUUUUCGAAUGACGAAAGAGAUAGCAGUUCCAUAGUAAGGGAUCACUACUAACUUUUUCUGUUGAGUUUAGACCAUGUUUAGGAACAGCAAGUGCCUUAUUUAUUUAUGCGCCUAUCAUAAUGUCUCCCCCCCCCCCCUCGCGCUAACCCAGGUCCGAGGUCGGGAUUUGGUCUCGUUUUUCAUGCCCCAGGGAGGGGAUUUUGGUCGCUCAAAUUACAUCGUUACCAUUGGCGUACUACAGAAGACGCAGUCACUAGUGCGCCCCACGUAUCUAUGUCGGGGCAUGGUCAGGGAUUGUCAUUUAAAAUUUACCCGAGGGGUGGGGAUUUUGUCACUUCAAAAGUUACAAUCCCCACGACUUGGGUGGGACAGCCCGGGGGAGGGGGGAACGAUUGAUAGGCGCAUUCAACGCGACGUUAUUUCAGAAACAACUUUUUUAUUUCAAACACAAGUAAAGGUUCACAAACAAUUAGAGAAAUGUUCGAAAAUUCUUAAAUUGAAAAUUGCAAAAACAUGUGAAAAUUAGUAAAAUCAUUAUUCGUUAUUCAUAUUAUUUCAUACAAUUUCAUGUCGGUUUGAGAAUCCCUGCAUUUUACUUGUUUGCAAAUGAAAAAUAAAGGAAUGAAUUGUUUUCUUCAAGUUUCGA